UACGUUGUCAAGUGCAUCAUCGGUUCUUCUGCUUCAUUUGUGUAUCACUUGUGUCAAAACCUCUGUCAACAGCAAAAGCUCUGUCAACAACAAAAGGUUCUCCUCCUAUUACCGCUUGUAAAGCGGCGGUUGGCAUUCCGACUUCCUCGCCGGGCUACUUUUCAGGUUCUUUCAACUAAUGUCGUCGCAAACUCCUCCGAGCCCGAGGGCAUAUCGGUCCCUGCCUCGGCCGCCACGGUCGUCCCCGUCGAUCAGCCUAAGAUCAGAAGGCGCAGACGACACCUUUCGGCUUCCACGCCGACCUGUGGAAACAAAGUUCCGCAGGAGCGACGAAACACCAAACCGAGAUACUCAGUCUGAGUCAAACGUUGCAAGAUCCGGGACCAAUAUCGAAGGUUCACCGUCCCCAUCAGGGGAUUGGUGGGGAGGCAUUUCGAAAUGGACGUUGGGAAGGUUGAAAGGGAGACGAGACGGGAAGACGAACGGGGGCGCGGUUUCGUCGGAGGAUGUUAGUGAACAUAGCGCAGACGACAGCACCGGCAGCACCCCCGAAAACAGGCCCACGCACCUUGCACCUCCAUCACAAAACUCCUACGGGCCGAGAUCCGCAUCGUUAGAACUCAUCCGAGUGUUUGGAGUGCCACUGCCUUUGGUGUUGGAGCGGGAAUCGGAACGGACUGCGCGGGCGCAUCUCCAAUCCGAGUUCGUGAUACCAAGACGAGAACGGGAUCCGUACGCUCACGCUGUUCCGUUGGUUGUGAGGGCGUGCGCGGCAUGGCUGGAAAACACAUCAAUAACAAAAGAAGGCCUGUACCGUGUCCCAGGCUCCCUCCGGCGCGUCGCAGCAUACCAAGAACAAAUCGACACUGGAACCUUCGAUUACAUCUUCCCAGCGCACGAGUCGCCACAUACCGUCGCCUCUCUCCUCAAAAAGUUCAUCUCGUCUAUACCCGGUGGGAUAUGGGGCGGUGGCGACGUGCAGAUACGUCUGAAGGACGCUGUCAAACGCCUAACACCAUCAGAAUACCUAAUCUGCCUCACCCACACCCUCCCCACCCCCUUCCACUUCUCCCUCCUCCGCUACAUCACCCGUCACUUCAACCGCAUCCAACGCCACGCCGACGAAAACAAAAUGACGGCCGAAAACCUCGCCAUCUCUAUCUUCCCCGGCAUGGACUCGGUCGCUGAGUUUUUGAUUACGAAUUGGGAUAGCAUCUUUUCCGAUCAGCCGCUUCCGCAGCAGCAGAGGACGAGGAGCGAUACGGGGAUGGAAGCGGCGGGGUCGGUGGCAGCACGUGGAAGUGAUGGGGAAGAACGGCCGACUAGCAUCAAAAAGGCAGAAAGCGUCGCCGCAUUGGCUGCUGAAUGAAGAUACCGGAUUUAAGAUUGUGGAAAAGUGCAGAUACGCGGCGCAGUUAGAUGG